CUUCCUCUCUUUUCUAGUACCCUCUCUCUCUCUCUCUCUACGUCUCUCUUUUUCUCUCGGGGUCUGUUACACUCUCCUUUUGUCCUCUCAUUCUCAGAGACCGAUUGUUACAGCAAACGUCGAGCAAAAUUCGUAUAGAGCAGCCAGCAGCAGCGUCCACGACGACGACAUUGAAAAAUUGAACGGCAGCCGACGAAGCGAGCAGCGAGCGUGCGAGUGAGCUAAGCAGAGCGCUUGUCAACUCGAAAAGCAGUAGAGAAAAAGAAGGCGACGAAGACAGCAGCAGCAGAAUAUCGACGCCGCACGUACCGGGAGCAUUUAAAAUAAUUUUUUCUGUGGAUUAAUUUUACUAAAAAGGAUUUAAAACACAAUGACUGAACGUGAGAACAACGUCUACAAGGCUAAAUUGGCCGAACAGGCUGAGCGCUACGAUGAAAUGGUCGAGGCCAUGAAAAAGGUCGCCUCCAUGGACGUUGAGCUGACCGUUGAGGAGCGCAACUUGCUCUCGGUUGCCUACAAGAAUGUGAUUGGAGCACGACGCGCUUCAUGGCGCAUUAUCACCUCCAUUGAACAGAAGGAGGAGAACAAGGGUGCCGAGGAGAAGUUGGAGAUGAUCAAAACCUAUCGCGGUCAGGUCGAGAAGGAGUUGCGCGACAUCUGCUCGGAUAUAUUAAAUGUGCUCGAGAAACAUCUCAUUCCAUGCGCCACAUCCGGCGAAAGCAAAGUAUUCUACUAUAAGAUGAAGGGCGAUUACCAUCGCUAUUUGGCCGAAUUUGCCACCGGCUCGGAUCGCAAGGAUGCUGCAGAGAAUUCAUUGAUUGCCUAUAAGGCAGCAAGUGAUAUUGCCAUGAACGAUCUGCCCCCAACACAUCCAAUCCGUUUGGGCCUGGCAUUGAACUUCUCGGUGUUUUACUAUGAGAUACUCAAUUCGCCGGAUCGCGCUUGCCGCUUGGCGAAAGCCGCAUUUGAUGAUGCCAUCGCAGAGUUGGAUACGCUAAGCGAAGAGAGCUACAAAGACUCGACCCUGAUUAUGCAGCUGCUGCGGGACAACCUCACAUUAUGGACAUCUGAUAUGCAGGCAGAUGACUCCACAACAGGGGACGGUGAGCCCAAACCGGAAAUUCAGGAUGUUGAGGAUCAGGAUGUGUCGUAAUUUAAGUAAACCCCCGCCCUUCCAUUAAAAAAAAAAAAAACAAAAAACAAAAAAAAAACAUAUACCUUCUAAAGUAAAUAUAAUACAUAUAAUAUAUAUGCAUACAAUAAAAACAACACGCAACCGGGUAGUAAACAGCAACAACAACAGCAGCAGCAAAAAGCAACAAGAAGAAGCAGCAGCAACACAACAACGAUACGCGACUUCUCUGUGGGACAACCACAGAUUUGCAGCAACAUGUAAACAAGAAUAAACAGCAACAGCAAAUAGCCAAGGUAGCAACAACCAGCAGGAAAAGCAUGCAAAGAUGAAAACUACACACAAAAUACAAUACUAAUACUAAAACGAACAGCAAUCAAGAAGAAUGUAUUACAACAAGAGCAACAUAAAACUGAGGGUGGUCGUGAGCGUAGGCAUGACUGUUGUGGGAGCAUGUUAUAUGGAGGUGUGCAGCCGUCGUCGCAGUCUUCGUUGUGUUAUGCGAUGUUUUUGGCCCUGGCUUCCCCCAAAAAUAAAAGCUACAACAGCAGCAGCAACAACAGCAGCAGCAGCAACUACUACAUUUGAAAUUUUUUGCAUUCAAGAAACAAAAGCAUUAUAUUAUAUUUAAAUAAAUAUUAUAUUUAAUUCUGAGAAGCGAAAACAAAAUAAACUUCAUUUCAAAAACACUACAACACACACCAACAACAACAAUACACACAAACAACGUACGCAUGAAAAAGUUGGCAUAUUAUAUUUACAAUUUAUCAACAAGAUGAGCAACACCACAUAAGAUACACACAACUUCAACUUUAAUUUUAAGCCAGUCAUAAAGUAAUUAAACAAAAACUAAAAUAAAAGGUAAUAACAUUCGAAAACAACACGAUAAAAGCAAAUUUAAUAACCGCAAAUUGAAUUAAAAACAAAGAAUGAAGCGAAACGAAAACAACAAAAUAUGUAAGAUGCAAAUGCAGAAACAAAAAAAACAGCAGCAAUUAAUUUAAAUUUAAUACGAAGUAAAAAUAAAACAAAAGCAAAAUGUGAAGUGAGAACGAAAUGAGCAAAACAAAAAGUCAAGCAACAAAACUAAAAACGAAGUAAAAUAAAGAAUGAAAAAAAAAAACAAUGAAUGUUAGUUAAAGCGAAAUUUGAAAGAGUAAAAGUAAAACGAAAUCUUAAGCUUAAAUUUGUAUGUAAUGUUAGUGUAUUGUUCACCAAAAACACAACACACUCCACUACAGAGAUAGCACACAGCAAACGAAACAAACACACACCAACAACAUACAAACAACACUAAUGCAAAUGAAAAGUAAUUCAUUUUCGUUUUACUCUUGUAUUCCUUUCCGAUCAUCAUUGUCUUUGUCUCUUUCUCUUGCUCUCACAAACAAAUCACAAACGAAAGAAAAAACAAAAAUGCAAUUUAAGCGCAGAUUACGUUCGUGUUUUACAUUUUAUACAUUGUAUGUACAAGAGUUUGUUUAAAAAGUUUUAAAAUUCACUUCUCGCCACAAAACAUUUCAUAUAUAUACAUAUAUAUAUAUAAAUAUAAAUAUUAAAAGGAAAAAAGUAUUUGUAGUUGCUAAACAACAAAUGGUACACAUAUAUAUAAAUAUAUAUUGUAUACAUCUUAGUAUAUAUACAUAUACAUUCGUAUAUACACUUGUAUAUUUUCUAUGCCUACCACUUAUGUAAUUUGUAGAUUUCGAAUUUUUCCAAGUGAAAAUCCAACUCCCUCCCUCAACCCCCAAACAAAACAAAAACAAAAAACAAUAACAAAACGGCGACAAAUAUGUUUGCAUUUAACACACUCGACAAAACAACAAGGCAGUAAAAAUAUCAUUUAAUUUAUUUAGCUAAAAAAAAAAACAACUAAACAUGAAAACGUUUCGAGUUUUUCCUUAAU